UAGGACUAAACUGAUGACGAUGAUGAUUAUAUGAUGAACGAGAUAGUGUUGUCUGUAAUAUUAUUUGGGAAUAAAAGAGUUAAUAAAAGAUUUCUUUAGCCAGAUAGCUUUAGUUUCACGGGAACGGCCGAUAAAACAGAUCAUAUCAUAACAACUAAUAUUUGCUUGAAGUGGCAAAGAGCUGUUGGUUCAUUUGGUGCGAAGCUAGUGUUAUUUCUACAUCUCAAACUGUACCCAAAUUUCCCGCUACGCCCGCAAGUUAGUUGAUGCGUCAAAGAUUUUGAACUACAACAACGAGGUGUUCUGCCUAAGCUCAAAAUCUUCUUCUGUUAUCUCCUCUCUCUCUCUCUCUCUCUCUCUUUUUGUUCUCUUCUUUUCAUCUUCAACAACUUGUAUCUUCCUUUGAGCUCUCUCUCAAUUCUCAUCUCUUUAAUUUCUAAACAUGUCCUACCAGCACCAAUCUUCCCUUAACAAAAAUCUUUCAACGCAUACAUCAUUCUUUGGCAUCAGGCUAUGGAUUAUUUUAGUUGCUUUUGUUUUACUCUUCACUGCUCUCAUCCUCAUUGUCAUCUUUAUCAGCAUCGUCUAUCUCUGUCGCCAGAAGAAAUCAAAAUCUUUCAAACCCCAUUUCCUUUUACCAAAUGCCAUUUCUUGCAGCAACAACUUUAGGAAUAGUUACAGUGCGUCGUCCUUGGAUAGAAGACUCUUGUCUCAACGUAUUGUGGAGAUUGAAAUGAACAUGGCGAAGCUAGAUCAUCAUACCAAUCUUAGUGGGACGAUCACAACUCAAGAUAAUAACAAUGGAGCUGAUUUGGAGUCAGUUGCUAGAUACUUCCCUGUAGUUUUUGAUGCUUGGAGAGGAAAUAGGUUUACUUAUCACGAUAUCGAGGUGAUGACUGAUGGGUUUUCUGAUGAAAAUUUGAUCGGAAAUGGUGAUCGUGGUGUUGUUUAUCGGGGCAUUUUGUUGGAUGCUACCAGAGUGGCUGUAAAGAGUCUAUUGAGUAAGAGUUGCCAAGCUGAAGAGUUUGUGGAUGAAGUGGAGGUGAUAGGGCAUGUUAGACACAAGAAUAUAGUCAAAUUGCUUGGAUGCUGUACAGAAGGAGGCUAUAGAAUUCUUGUGAAUGAGUAUGUGGAUAAUGGAAAUCUGCAUCAGUGGCUUCAUGGAUGGACAGAGGAAGUUAGCCCUCUGACAUGGGGUAUAAGGAUGAAUAUUAUCCAAGGAGUAGCAAAAGGAUUGGCCUACCUUCACGAGGACAUUGAACCAAAGAUUAUUCAUCAAACCCUAAAAUCUACCAACAUAUUGCUCGAUCAUCAAUGGAAUCCUAAGAUCUCUGAUUUUGGUAUUGUUAAGCUCUGUGGUCCUGGGGGAAAUCAGAUGGCAGCUCGUCUGAUGGGAACAUCUGGUUAUUUAUCUCAAGAAUAUGCUUUAACUGGAGUUCUGAAUGAGAGGACUGACGUUUAUAGCUUUGGAAUUCUGGUAAUGGAGAUCAUAUGUGGAAGGACGCCUGUAGAUGACAAUCAACCCCAAGUAUAUUUAAUUGACUGGUUGAAGUCCAUGGUUGCGAGCCACAAAAUCAUGUAUAUAGCAGAUCCUAAAUUACCAGAAUUUCCAUCUUCAAAGGAGCUCAAACGUGUGCUUUUACUUGCUCUUCGAUGCGUUGAUCCUGAUAUAAAGCAUAGACCUACAAUGAGAGAUGUCAUCCACAUGCUGCAGCCACGCGACUUACUUCUAAAUGAUGAACGUCGAUUUAGGAGAGACUCCCCAUCUCGUCAAAGUCCCUCAAAAGAGAGUCAAAUUAUUGCAAAAGCUGGUGAGAGUGAUUUCACUACACAUGAAAGGGAAAGGAGCAGUAAUGCCUAUCAGAAAAUGAUAUUGGAGUAAUGCCGUCGCAGAUAUCAAACUUCAGAAAAGACUAUAGCAUCAAGUUUCAUUUCUUUGUUGUUAUUAAACAUCUUAAUCUAUAAAUUUUCAGUUUGUUCAUAACAAAAUCUUGCCUGUAUUUUCUAAUCAUAAAUGACGAACAAACUACACAAUAAGCUAAAUAGCAGCACAAACAUUCAAUUA